AUGGGCGUCAGAAAACGGAAAGCUGCAGACGACGACCAUUCCGACUGGUCACCCACAGUUCCCGUCCCAGGCUCUUCGUCUAAUCCCCACGUCGUCGAAGCACCCGCAAAGCCACCCACCGCGAAGCGGCAAAAGAAGAACGCGGAGAAACGAGGCGCGAUCUUCAAGCGGAAGUGCCCCAAGGCCAUUUUGGAACGCGUAGCGAGGGUCAUGUCCCAGCGGUUCUUCAUGAUCGACCGGAGGAGAGCCGGCGAGGCGUUGCGGGAGGAGUUCAGCGUGCUGGGCUCGACGGGAAACGUGUAUACCGUCGUUAUCGGCAAGAAGCCUUCGUGCAGCUGCCCCGACGCGCAGAAGGGCAACCACUGCAAACACAUCCUCUUCAUUUUUCUCAAAGUUCUCCAAGUAACCCAGGCAUCGGGCCACUGGUACCAAAAAGCCCUCCUGACCUCGGAGCUCGAAGACAUCUUCGCGCACGCCCCCCCAGCGCCCACCGCCACCGCGAACGCGCGCAUCCGCGAAGCCUACGCGCGCGCCACGGGCAAAGCGCUGCCCACACCCCCGGCGCCCGCCGCCGCCGCAGCAGCAGCAGCAGAGAAGAAGCGCAUCCCGGGCCCGGAGGACGACUGCCCGGUGUGCUACGAGAACAUGCACGGCGCGGCGCAGGGGACGCUCGCGUUCUGCGAGACGUGCGGGAACGGGCUGCACCGCGAGUGUUUCCAGCAGUGGGCCCGCGCGGCGCGCGGGGGCGUCACCUGUGUGUUCUGCCGCGCCAGGUGGGUCGAGCCCGCUGCCGCCGCCGCGUCCGGGUCGGCCUCGGGCGGGGUGGGCCGCUCGGAGGGAUACCUCAACCUCGGGAGUGUGGCGGGCGUCAGCCCGGUGCGGGAUACCAGCUCUUAUUAUCAUGGCCCGCGCAGGGGGAAGCGGUACUAUGGGUACUAG